AUCACAUGAUCAGGCGGAAAGUCAACAUGGACGAACGUUGAAGACAUCACUUUUGAUAUUCUUUGCUUUGAGAGGGAUUUUUCUUCUGUUUUUACUCUUUUAAAAAUGGCUGAAGAAGCGGAUUUCACUAAACUACCACUGGAAGAAAGGGUCCAACAUAAGGUUUGGAAAGCAAGGGUGAGCGGUUAUGAAGAAUGUGCUAAGCAUUUUAAGGGAAUUAUGGAAGAAAACAGCAAUGAAUUCUCCAAAUAUGUUGGUCUGUUGAAGAAGUUCGUGGUUGAUAGCAAUGCUGUUGCACAGGAGAAAGGUCUUGAUGCUGUUUUGGCAUUUGUGGAGUAUGCAUCACCGUCAAUUUCUGGCAGAGCUGCUGCUGAUGUGGUGGCAGGCGUGGUGACAAAGUGCCUUAACGCACGACCAAAAACAAAACAGAAAGGCAUGGACAUUUGUAUGAUGUACCUGGAAGUUGAGAAGCAGGAGGCUGUCCAAGAAGAAAUUCUCAAGGGCUUGGAUAACAAACAACCAAAAAUUGUUACAGGUUGUGUGACAUUUUUGCGGACGGCAAUAAGUGAGUUUGGUGGUAAAAUAUUCGCUCUGAAACCUGUGGUUAAAGUUCUUCCAAAGCUAUUUGAUCACAGUGAUAAGAACGUUCGAGAGGAGACAAAGUUGUUGGCAAUUGAAAUCUACAAGUGGAUCAAGGAUGCGGUGAAGGCUCAAUUGACAAACAUUAAACCUGUCCAGAUGAAAGAGUUAGAAGAGGAGUGGGCUAAACUAGACCCAGCGCCACCCAAACCAACCAGGUUUACGCGAUCACAACAAGAAAAGCAAGCACAGGCACCACCGCCCAGUGAAGCAGUUGGGAGCACUAGUGGAGAAAUUGUCGAAGAAGAAUCUCACGCUGUCGACGUUGAUCCUUACGAUCUACUUGAUCCCGUUGAUAUUUUGUCCAAAAUUCCUAAAGAUUUUUAUGAGAACAUGGCAGCAACAAAAUGGUCAACAAGAAAAGAGGCAUUGGAACAACUGGACAAGCUGACAUCCAAUCCAAAGAUUGAAGGUGGACAAUAUGGGGAGCUAAUGGCCGUAUUAAAGAAGGCAAUUACAAAAGAUAGCAACGUGAUGGUUGUUGCUCUUGCUGGAAAGUGUGUGGCUGGACUGGCAACCGGUCUUCGUUCGAAAUUUGCUCCGUAUGCAACAUCGGUUGUUUCAGCCAUUUUGGAAAAGUUUAAAGAAAAGAAAGUAAAUGUUGUCACAUCCUUAAGAGAAGCCAUCGAUGCGGUGUAUACAACGACAAAUAUAGCGGCCAUCCAGGAAGAUGUGACCACGGCCAUUUCAAGCAAAAAUCCCUCCGUUAGGGAAGAAACAAUAAAGUUUUUAACUCGAGUGGGCUGCAAAAGUAAGCCAUCUGACCUACCCAGACAGGUGUUGAAACCAAUUUGUGCAAGUCUGUCGAAGAGCAUGGAUGAUACGUCUGCCCCAGUCCGUGAUGCGGCUGCAGAGGCAUUGGGUACAUUAUUGAAACUGCUAGGCGAGAGAGCUAUGGGCCCUUUUGUUGACCAACUUGACAAGAUUAAACUUGAUAAGGUAAAAGAAUUUGCAGAGAAAGCUGAGGUUAGCGCCGCGCCCAGUCGCGGGGGCAGUGCUGCUCCAGCUCCUGCUAAAGCGCAGCCUGUGAAAAAAACAGAAACUAAAUCUGCAGCUCCAAGCGGUCCAACCUCAAAAUCUACAACAUCUGAACCGAGUAAGAAACCCAGUACCGCUGGAAGUAAAGCUAAACCACCAAGCUCGUCUACCGACACUGCAAAGAAUAAGCCUGCUGGUAAGAAAGGAUCUGGCGGUAAGAAAGCUGCUAAAACUGAUUCAGCGACAUCUUUCAAAGAUGAUGAAGUGAUGAAAGAAGCAGAGAUGACGCCGGAGGAAGUAGACGCCAAAGCUGAAGAACUCAUCCCGGCCAAUAUUCGUGAACAAUUGGCCAGCACGAACUGGAAAGAGCGGUUGGCUGGGACAGAAGCCUUAACACAAUUUGUAAACGAUUUGGAUCCAAAAACUCUACCGUCCCAAGUUUUGAUCAGAACCAUGGCAAAGAAGCCUGGCUGGAAAGAAAGUAACUUUCAGGUUUUGAAGAACAAGUUCAAUCUGUGCGCUGUCAUUGCAACACUUUCAGCUUCGUUUUCCAAGAGAAGCGCAUUUUAUGCCAUAUCUGGCCUCGUGGAGAAGAUCGGUGAUAUCAAGUUGAAAGAGCAAUGUAAGGAGACAUUAAUGGUUUUCGCCGAGAAUCUUUCACUGAAUUAUGUUAGCUUAAAGGUAUCGGGUUGUGCCAGUGGACAGAAGAAUCCAAAGGUUCUGUCAGAGAGUCUGAACUGGUUGUCAGAUGCAAUUAAGGCGUUCGGUAUGAAGAUUGAUAUUAAGCCACACGUCAACUACAUAAAGCAAAGUCUGGCCCACACAAAUCCGGCUGUUCGCUCUUCCGCUAUAUCAGCACUUGGUUUGAUCUUCAUGUACACUGGUCCCAGUCUCCGCAUGUUCUUUGAAAGUGAAAAGGCAACCCUAUUGCAGCAAAUUGAUAGUGAAUUUGAAAAGGUCAAAGACGAGAAACCCCCAGCACCAACAAGAGGUGUGAUUUCCAAAAGUGCUGGUGCUGGUCAGGGGGAAUCAACAACAGCAGAUGAUGCCGAAGACGAUGGAGCUUCAUCUGUGACAAACCUGGCUGAUCUCAUUCCAAGAACAGAUAUAAGUGCACAGAUAAAACCAGAGAUCAUCAGUGAACUAAGUGAUAAGAAGUGGCAAAUUAGAGGCGAAGCACUGCAGAAGGUAUCAGGUAUCGUGAACGAAGCAAAGUACAUUACCCCAAACAUUGGAGAAUUACCUGGAUCACUGAAGGCACGAUUAGGGGAUUCAAACAAGAACUUGAUCACAGCGACGUUAAAUAUUAUAUCGUCCCUCGUGAAAGCAAUGGGGCCUGGUUCAGUAAAACACGUUAAAACAAUGGUUCCUGCUAUUAUUGCCACGCUUGGUGAUAGCAAGCCUCAAGUAAGAGCAGCAGCGAUUUCGUGCUUGAAUUCCUGGUUUGAUGAAAUUGGUUUAGUCCCUCUUGUUGAAUCUGAAGUUAUCAGCGGAGCACUGGCUACAGAUAAUCCAAACAUGAGAGCAGAGAUGUUCGGUUGGCUUGAAGAAAAACUUCCUACCCAAAAGAAACUCCCAGCGGAGGUUAAUUUGAUAGUUCCAAUAUUGUAUUCAUGUUUGGAAAGCCGCAGUGCGGACGUCAGGAAAAAAGCCCAAGGAGCGUUACCAGCCUUCAUGAAUCUUAUCGGCUGGGAUGCAAUGGUCAAACAGACCAGCAAAUUGAAGCCUGCUUCGAAGUCCACGGUUAUGGGUGUUUUGGAGAAGAAUCGACCCCAGGCGACCUCUAAGAGUAAUUCAGCUGCCGUCCAAAAACAAACCUCUCAAAGCAGCUCACCAGAGAAACCAAAGACUAAUGAACGUACUCAAGAAAAAACAAGCACUUCUAAGAAACCUGAUGAAGGAACUAAAAAGGGAAAGACAUCUUCGGCUGCCUCAAAACCUGUCACUAAGGCAACGUCUGGCAAAGCGACCGACUCUGAAGACGAUGGUCCAAUUUUGGUAGCUAAUCCAAAUGGAAGGGAUAGCAGAAUGAAGGCUGAGAAGGAACUGAAGGUACUGAAAUGGAACUUCACUACACCACUUGAUGACCACAUUCAACAAUUAAAAGAACAAAUGAAUGCUUGUGUUAGCAAGACGAUGUUGGAAAACCUUUUUCAUAAAGACUUCAAAUACCAUGUUGUCGCGUUGACUGCAUUGUCGAAGGCUAUCACACCACUGGACAACCCAGCACUCAAAGUCGAGACCAUCCAGAGUGUUGAUCUGCUUCUCAAAUGGUGCACAUUACGAUUCUUCGAUACCAAUACAACUGUUUUGAUAAAAUGCUUAGAAUUUCUAGAAUCACUUUUCACGCUUUUAGCAAAUGAAGAAUUUAAACUGUCCGAGUACGAAGCAUCAAGUUUCCUGCCAUAUCUCAUACAAAAGAUUGGUGACCCGAAAGAUGCCGUACGCAAGAUGAUUCGCGGCUUGCUAAAAUGGAUCCUCAAAGUAUAUCCUGCAAGCAAACUAUUUAACUACAUUGCGGACGGUCUAAAGUCAAAAAAUGCUAAAACACGAACCGAAUGCCUGGGGGAAAUUGCCUAUUUAGUCAGCGUCUUUGGUGAAAAUGUUUGCCAGCCAAGUCCAGCGAAGGCGUUGCCGGCCGUAGCCGCGCAGAUUUCCGAUCGGGAUAAUAGUGUUCGAAAUGCUGCUUUGAAUGCUAUUGUAGAAGUUUAUAAUCUGGUCGGAGAGACAGUCUAUAAAUAUCUUGGAAGGAUUUCAGAAAAAGAUCAAAGUUUGCUGGAAGAACGCAUCCGCCGAGCCGGCAAGACUAAAACUACAACGGAAACUGUCAAGCCAACCAGCCAGCCUGUAAAAAAAUCCAGUGAAAGUGGCGGUGCUGUUGAAAAGAAAUCCUUAAAACAAGGAACAACACCAAGCAAAGCAAAUUCAGCCUCCGCAGCCAACACUGUUCAGCAGUACUUUUCGCUGGACUUGGAUUCGAUUGAGAAAGCGCCUGGCAGCACCACUAACGAAAUACCAUCUUUGGUUGCUAAUGAUCAUGUGGAUGAUUUACUUAAAGAACCUCUACCAACACUGCCUCGUACAGCAGGAAGCACUUUAACUAGUGGUCGAAAGAUGUUUUCUCCAAGCAGUUCGUCAGCUUCAGUUGAUUACUGCGUGUCCCAAAUUGCUAGUAAUGAUAUUAGAUUAGCGAUCACUGCUUUAAAAGAACUGGAAAAUCACUUUAAAGUCAAUGGGCCAGCUGUAUGGCUGAAGCACCUUAAUCAAUUCAUGAUCGCCUGUGUUCUUCAACUACGAAUGAUUCUAUCCACGCACUUGGUGUCAGAUGCUUACCAGGAAGAAGACAUUAUCAAUUUAUACAAGUGUAUUUUUAAUAACCUAUUCACUUUACUCGGCGAGCCGAUCCUGGCCCGGGCAAUUCCGAAAGAAAUUCUGAAAGAUGUGAUUCAUGUGAUGAUUAGUACGUUACUGGACGAAAACCUGGUUAGUCUUUACGAAGGUCCUCAAGUCAUUCGAUGCUUGAAUAUAUUGAUGCUACACAUCACGGAGAAGCCGAAUAGAAACCAUCUACUUGGUGCUUUGAUCAAGCUGCUCCAAGACAGUGUUACGCAUUAUUCCAGUGCUUCAAAAUUUCUUGAAUUGAUAAUGAAGUGCAUAUGGCGGAUAACACGAAUGCGGGCUGCAAAUGUUCAAGAACUUAACCUAAGCCAAGCUUUACUGGACAUUCAUCUCUUCUUCGAAGCUCAUCCAACAUCCACGUGGAAAAACCGUUCUGAUGAUACUCCAUUGAGGACGAUGAAAACUGUCUUACAUUCUUUGAUCAAACUGAAAGGAGACAAGCUAUUAGAUCACAUUGAUCUUAUCAGCAAUCCCGAUCAAAGUGAAAUCGUAAUGUAUAUCCGCGUAACGUUGAAAGCAAAUACAGCCAAGUCUCAUAUCAAGAAACAGUCUUCUAUACAGGACGAAAGAUCAUCACUUGAACUAACACCGCAAUCGCCAAAGAGCACCAAGAUCAAAAGAAGCAAAAUCAGUCAAGAGCUUCACGACACGUUGGGUGAUAUUUUUCGAAAGAUUGGGUCGAACGAAACUACCAAGGAAGGAUUGAAUGCUCUUUACGACUUUAAACAAGAAAACAAAAACGUGGAUAUCGAUCCUUUUCUAAAACAAACGUCGGAUUUUUUUCAAAAGUACAUUGCUAGGAGUCUGAAGACUAUCAAGGCAGAAAGGGAGCAAGCUAAUUCAGAAAACAUUGAAAUAAAAACUACAUCAUCAACGAGAAUAGAUGAUCCAUCAUAUUUCCGCAAUCGACUCCUGGUAUUGCAGAAGAAAUAUGGCGAUAUUCAAGUUAAAGAGGACCUUACCAAGCCGAAUGAGCCUGAAAAAAGUGAGUCAGAGAAAGAACCGGUUAACAUACCCUCCUCGACGCCAGUAACCUUAGGAACUGUAGACGAUAAUCUUAUUUUACCAACAAUACCAAAAAGCAACAGCGGAGAUAACUCCAGCGCUGCUGAUAAUCCAGCUGAAAGUUCUACAGAUUUGACGGAACUACGAAAACGUUUAGAGAUAAUCAAGAAUAAAGCAAUGUAGCUAUAUCAUAAGAUGCAUGUUGAAUUUAUUAUUGGCAUUGUGACCCCAUUGUGUUGUGUUGUGCAUAUUUAAAUGUGUCUUGAAUAGUCGUAUU